UCCAGAACCAUUUUGGACUUUAUCGGUUUCUGUAGCUAAACAAGGUACUAAUGGCUUGCAGUGUGGCCCUGAAAUAAAUCUUAGUUGGGAGAGAGCUAGAGUUUUUGAUAAAAACGUUGCAACAACAUAUCAAGCUAUGGUUAGAGAAUGUAAAGAGGCCAACUUUAUUAUGACAUCUGAUUUAGAUCUAGCUAUAGUCGCUAAUUUAUAUGCGUAUAGGCGAACAAUGUCUGAUAAAACUAUGCCAGAACUUCAUCAAGAUGAAAUUUUAAAAGUUACAAAUGUCAAGUUGGUUGAAGGAAAAACAAGUCCUCCAGACUAUCUCACAGAAAGUGAAGUAAUUAGUUUGAAACAUGGUAUAGGAACAGAUGCAUCCAUACCAGUUCAUAUUGAUAAUAUAUGCCAACGAAAUUAUGUAACGGUUCAAGGUGCUGCACGUAGACUGGUUCCUACUAAUUUAGGUAAUAAAUUGUCUUUUGCUACUGUAUGUGCUUUAGCCGAUAAAAGAAUUACUAACUCAUUUUUUUGUUUUAAGGAAUUGUUUUGA